AUGGAGGCAUUCAAGUCACUGGAGAUGAAGAAAUGGGUCGAGCUCCUCAAUAACAAGGAUCCCGCCUUCAGGCUCUCUGACAUCCCCGCUUACAUCGAUGCGAUUGUCGGUACCGCCUCCGGCGCCGGCAUCGACGACCGGAAGAUGCUUCUAGAGAAAGGCCUCGUCUUGAUGUCGCGACUCGGUGACAAGUCUGAAUUCUCAACUCGCCUUCAGGAACGAGUGAUCGAUCUCCUUUACAAGGACCUACCACACCCGCAGAAUGGGUAUCUCUCGCUUCCUUCUGAUGGGGAAACGACGGCCGACGUCGGUAUGGAUGGAGUCAAGUAUGCGUACCGUAGCGCAGACGGAAGCAACUACAACCCCCUCGUGCCUUUGAUGGGUCGUGCUGGAAGACCCUACGCUCGAACUGUUCCUUCAACAAGCAUAAUUCCUCCUUCUGCUCUUCCGGACGCUGGUCUCGUCUUCGACACACUCCUCAAACGCGAACGCUUCGUUAAACACCCGGCAGGAAUCUCCAGUCUCUUCUUCGGCUUCGCGGAUCUCGUAAUUCACAGCAUCUUCAAUACCGAUCACCAUGACUGGUCCAUCAACAAGAACAGCAGCUACUUGGACUUGAGCAUCCUUUACGGCAGCAGUCAAGCCGAAGUAGAAGCAGUAAGGAAAUUGGACGGGACAGGUCAACUGCACAACGAUGUCUUCGCUGAUUCGAGAUUGCUCUUCAUGCCGCCUUCAGCUUGUGCUCUAUUGGUCCUUUUGAGCCGAAACCACAACUACAUCGCCAAGAAACUCUUGGAUAUCAAUGAACGCAAGUCAUUCAUCAACCCCCCACCCCAGGAUAAGGCCAAGUGCCGUCAGCAAGAUGACGAGCUCUUCCACCGAGCACGCCUUGUCAACUGUGGUUACUUCAUGCAGAUCAUCCUCGGCGAUUAUGUGGGCUCCAUUCUCGGAUUGGCCCGCGACGGGCACGCUUGGAGGCUGAACCCACUCAAGGCCACUCGCUCAGGGGAUCAUGAAGUCUCCCCACGAGGAGAGGGAAACGUCGUCUCCGUCGAGUUCAACUUGCUCUACAGAUGGCACGCCACUCUGUCUGAACAAGAUACGAAGUGGACAGAGGAACUCUUCAAGAAGCUCUUCAAUGGAAAAGACCCCAGCAAGAUCACUGUGGAAGACUUCAAAAACGCGGCGCACGAACACAUGGUCAAGCAACUCCCAGCCGAUGUCAAAGAAUGGACUUUUGACGGAUUGAAACGAGGAGAGGACGGCAGCUUCAACGACGAUGACCUUGCUAAGAUCCUAUUGAAUGCAACAGAGUGGUACUCUGGGUCCUACAAGGCGGCGGGUACCCCAGAAGUCCUACGUGUCAUUGAAGUCUUGGGAAUCGAACAAGCGAGAAGCUGGGGUACUUGUUCUCUGAACGAAUUCCGUAAAUUCAUGGGACUGAAGCCGUAUGCCAACUUCAAAGAAUGGAAUCCAGAUAAAGCGAUCUACACAGCAGCAGAAUCUCUCUACAAGGAUAUCGAUAACCUCGAGCUUCACGUCGGACUCCAAGCUGAGGAGUCCAAACCACCCAUCCCUGGCGCCGGCUUGUGCCCUGGCUACACUAUCUCUCGUGCCAUUCUCGCCGACGCAGUCUGCCUCACCCGCGGUGACAGGUUCUUGACCACUGACUUCACUCCAUAUAACUUCACUUCAUGGGGCUACCAGGACUGCCAAUUCGAUCCCGAAGACGGUUCGUAUGGAGGCAUGUUGACUAAAAUGCUCUUCCGCUUCCUGCCAAACCACUACCCUGCGGGCUCGGCAUACGCCCAUUUCCCCUUCAUGGUCCCGACCUACAUGCUAGGCGAGAUGAAGAAAAAUGGGAACGAGGAAUGGAAGAACUAUACCUGGACUCGCCCUGGGCAGCCGAAAUCCUUCGCCACUGUAACCUCCUUCGCAGGUGUUUCCAGAAUAGUCAAGGAACCCAAGACCUUCGUAGCCCCAUACAACGCCAGACUCGCUAAACUUGCCAAAGACCCGAUUAUCAGCAUUCCCGUUCAGGAUGUCCUUGUCUCAGAUAAGACCAAGCUGUGGCAGACAUUCUCGCAGUUAACUCAGAAACUGAUCCUUGAGAAGUCUAUCAAGAGGGUCGGAUCGGCUGAUAAAUUCGUCGACAUUGUUGGGGAUGUUAUUAACCUCGUGCCUGUAUAUUGGAUCGCUCAGGAAGUUAUCGGAAUUCCAUUGACCACGGAAGUCGAUUUGAAAGACGACGACGACGUGUUUGAAAUCAAGAAUCUCUAUAAACGAUUCGCUGAUGUAUGCGAAUAUGUAUACCUCAAUUUCCAACCCGACAAUGACUGGAAGCUUCGCUCGAGCGCACAAGACACCUUCAAUAAAGUCACGGUUCUCGCCAGCAUGCAUCUCGCAGACAUUGCAGGCUUCUCUAUACUCGACAAAGCCCGCCACGCUAUACGGAACAUGAAGUUCAAAUCGCACGGCUUCCUCAAGCGGCUGAACGAGGCGUCCUCUUCCUCCCAGCCGCGUCCAAAAGAGCUUGCAGCAGCGCUUUUUGCAGAAGUCGUACCGACAUCCGCGCAUUUCUCCCAAUCCAUUGCCCAUGUGGUGAAUUUCUAUCUCGACGACGCGAGAGCGAACGAGAGGAAAGAGUUAAUCGCGUUGUUGGGCAACAAGGGGGCACCAGCGACGGAAGAAGCUCGUGCGAAGGUUAUGGGAUACGUCAGAGAAGCCCUGCGUAAGUGCCCUAUCUCUCCAGUCAGCGGUGUCUAUCGAACCACCACUGCCGACGCAGACGUCAAUGGUGUACACAUAGAAGCAAGCGCAACCGUCUUUGCCAGCGUCUCUGCUGCUAACCUAGACCCGUCUGUCUUCGGCGAAAAUCCCACGUCUACUAGCUUCACUAGGCCGAAAGAUACCUCCGGCAUCUUAGGACUGGGCGAGUAUGGCCUCCUUUCGUCUGAAUUCUUCGAAACAGCCGCCCUAGCCAUGCUUUCCCAGAUUCUUCAACUCAAAAACCUCGGGCGCGCACCGGGCGCAUCAGGGCACUUGACUCGCUUCACGGAAGAGUGGCACGGAACCCCAUCGCAGAAGUACAUCUCAAUGAAGGGACGGGUUCAGCCUUGGCCCGAUUCGUUGGUUGUGGAGACCAUCGAACUCUAG